AUGGGUGGGAAAAGAAGGCGCCUGCCCAUGGCGCUAACGGUAUGCAUUAAUGUAUUUUUUAAGCACAUUGUUUACAAGUUCUGGGACUAAAUAGUUGUUUUAAGAUGAUCUAACUGCUAGCUACUCGAUCAGAAAUGUGAAAAACCCUAGUUUAUUCUAGUUCUUAUAACAUCCUUUUAACCAGCUUUAAUGUUAUGCCCAGUUGGUGGUUUCAUAUGAUAUAUAUAUUUUUAUACAUAUAUUUUGGAUUCAACAAGCCAAUGUUAGGGAAGUUUACCAAAGCCUUGUUGGCCGAGAUGAUGGCAGGGAGAUCCAGUGGGACUUGAUGAUGAUGACUUGCCUCUGGUACAUAAAGUAAAAGACCAUUUUUAAUGUGUGUGCUAUUAACAUUGAAACUGUACACAGUAAGGAUGCACCAUGCAGUUUCUGAUGUUAUUGAUAUUGUUUUUUCUAUCAGAGAAGCCACAGAUAAAUGCAUAACAGCUGGGUAAAAUCUCUUGCCCCCCAGCCCUAAUUUACAGCCCUGAAGGUCUAAAAGCUGCAUACACUGUCUAAUUAAUGGUUUAGUACCUAAUGUAACCGCCUCUCUUCUUGUGCAGAGCCCAAAGUGGAAGUGGUUACAGCUGGAAUUUUAAACUAUGAUUAAACAAUUAUAUUUAAUCUCCUAGCUUCAAUGGACCUGAAAACAAGGUUGUAAAUCAGCAAAUUUUAGCUGGAGUGCAGAGUACUGACCACGAAACACCAGUUGUUACAAUAAAAGGUAAAUUCACCUUUUUUCUUCUUUCUCGUAAAAUUAAUGUAUCAAAUGUUUUGUAACAAGUGUUGUUGCUUUGGUUUGAGUCUCAUCCUGACCACUACCUGGAUUUGUUUCAUGGUAGCCUUGAGUUCAAAUCCUCGGCCAUGCUUGUAAAUAGCCAACUGAUAUAUAUGUCAAUAUAUAUAUUUAAAUUUGAAUUUUUCCUCGGUUUACAAAUUUUUUUUAAUCAAACCAGUUUAAUUUUUAUUUCCAUUAUUGAGGUUGAUUACCAUAAUCUAGAAUCUGAGACAAAGGAGAAUGAAAAUCAAAAUAAUUUAAAUAUUUUAAAACCAAAUAAACAUUAAAACCACAGCAUAAUUGCUUACAUGUACCCACUGGAUUGGUUAAGAGGAUAAUAAACUGCACCCACAGUCCUUCCUCUUCCGAAUUUGGUUGUAAACAGUUUAUUGCACUCACAUGCAGUUUUUAGAUACACAAGUUUUAUAUCAAAAUGUUUAGUAAUUAAGAGGUUUUUUUUUAAGAGGGUAACACAACAGUAUAUGAGAAUACUGACAAACUUGUGGCCUUCUGAAAAGUAAAAGUACAAUUUAAAUUAAAAACAUAAACCUAAUAAUAAGUGUUAAAAUGGUUAAAAACUUAAAGCAAAUUACCCUUUACCGUGUUUCAACAAGACAACAUUACUCUUUUUUAGCUGCUUUGCGUGUCCGUUUCCGAACUAAGAGACGACAAGAGGUAAACAAAUCAAGAAAUGCAGCUCAGGAUGUAUUAAAGCAACAGAGAGCCCGAAGCAGUCUAAAUACGGUAAAUAAUAUUCAAAAUUCAAGCUGUUUUGAGUUUUUCUGCUGUUGAACACCAUAGCAAUGCUUUAAACAAGACCCAGUAUCUGUAAGAGCUCUGCUGGGUAGAAUCAAUAAGCUAAUUUCAACCCAAACCUUGUCUAUUUGUGACUUUCAUAUUUAGUGUAAUUGUGAACAAUUUUGAUUAAUUUAUUUUAAUACAGAAAAAGAACCAGAGAGUGAAAGCUCUCAACCUUUCUACAUCUUUGGCUGCAGAAGACAAAGAUCAGUACAUGAAGUUCAUGACCACAGACUAUAUGUCAUCAGAACAUUCCAUGUCAGAAUCUGAGGAGGGCGAGUCGAACAGUGAGCAUGGCUAUGAAAGCUCAGACUCAGAGAGGCCAAGAAGAAAGUUUUUUGUGUAA